UUAUCACAAUUGCAACCAAUUAAGCUUAAUUUGCUACCUGAUCCAAACCUCCAAAGUCCAAACCUAACAUAUAUGCAUAUAUAUGUCGAACACUACUGAAACUACUUUACCCUACGAAGAAUGCCGGGGCGUUCUUCGCGUCUACAGCGAUGGCUCCAUCGUCCGUUCCCCCAAGCCAAGCUUCGACGUCCCUGUCCACGACGACGGCUCCGUCGCGUGGAAGGACGUAGUUUUCGACCACACUCACCAGCUUCAGCUCCGCCUCUACAAGCCGGCGGCUGCAAAAUCCAAGCUACCAAUAUUCUACUACAUCCACGGCGGCGGCUUCUGCAUCGGCUCACGCGCUUGGCCCAACUGCCAAAACUACUGCUUCCAGCUCGCUCUGAGCCUCCAAGCCGUCAUAGUCUCGCCAGACUAUCGGCUGGCUCCCGAACACAGGCUCCCGGCUGCCAUUGACGACGGCUUCACUGCUGUCAAGUGGCUCCAAACCCAAGCCGUGUCGGAGGAGCCCGACACGUGGCUGACUGACGUGGCUGACUUUGGCAACGUCUUCAUUUCUGGUGACUCGGCUGGCGGCAACAUUGCUCACAAUUUGGCCGUUCAAAUCGAGGCCGGUUCACCUGAGCUGGCUCCGGUUCAGGUCAAGGGUUAUGUUUUUUUGGCUCCUUUCUUUGGUGGAACCAUUCUUAGCAAGUCAGAAGCUGAAGGACCCAAAGAAGCAUUCCUCAAUUGGGAGCUCAUUGACAGGUUUUGGAGACUAUCGAUACCAAUUGGAGAGACCACUGAUCACCCACUUGUGAACCCGUUCGGGCCAAAUAGCCGGAGCCUUGAAGAAGUACCCUUUGAUCCGAUCUUGGUGGUAGUUGGGGGAAGUGAUCUCUUGAAAGAUAGAGCUGAGGACUAUGCAAAAAGGCUAAAAGCUUGGGGGAACAAGAUUGAGUAUGUCGAAUUUGAAGGAAAGCAACAUGGCUUCUUCACUAUUGAUCCUAAUUCGGAAGCUUCAAAAGAACUCAUGCUAAUUGUCAAACGGUUCAUUACUGAAAAUUCCAGCUGAAAAAACUGCAAUUAGUGCUUGAUAAUUUGAUAUGACUGCAUGUAUUGGAAAUUAAGGCGUGUUAUAUAUGUUUGAUGUGCUUAUUUUUCAUAUGUUUGUUUUUCAUAUGUCUUUCUAUUGGCACCAGCUGGUGAAGUGAUGUAAAUACAAAAUUGGAGAUCGUAAGCAAUAAGUAGUGAUUAAAUAAGAUAGACUGAAAAUAUUCCCAUGGGAA